CCGAGUCGCAGGGAUUUUUUUCUACUGCUACUGCGAAGUGCAUUCUCUCCCCUUCCGUUCCUGGCUCCGGCCUUCCCUUCCUUCCUUCCUCCGCUCGCUCGCUUCCGCUUCCUCCUCCUCCUGCUCGCCGCGGCUCGCGAGGGAAGUUCCAGGCUUCCAGCGGAGUCGUCCUCGCGGGAGUGCGGAGCCCCGGCACGGCCCGGCGGCGCCACCUCGGCGCCGGAGGAGGGACGUUUGCGCUGCUCCCGAGGGCCGAGGCCCGGAUCGCCGGAUUCCUCCACGGGCUCGCUCGGAUCGAGGAGGCGCGGAGGUGGGCUCGGUUGGUGGGUUUUUCGCCGGCCGUAAUUCUUGUGGUGGCUUCCUUGCUUUCGGAGACGCGGGGCUGGGGAGCUCCCGUGCUUGCUUCUGGCUAAUCCGCGCUUCCUUGCGUCGCCCUGCUCGGUGCUGCUACUCGCUUGGUUUCGCUGGAUUACAGGACGAAAGGUGACGAGGAGGUGCGCUGACGCUUUUGCUCGGCUCCGGUUUUGGCUGCCGGCGGAGUCGCAAUCUCGGCUAGAUUUGCCGAGCUGCGGCGGUGUCGCAAUCCCGGCUAGAUUUGCCGCGCUGCGGCGGAUGCUUCGACGCGCACCGGAUCUCCACCGUUCCUGCGGCGCGGAGUGAAGGUACGGUUCCCGACCGGAUUUUGGGAAGAUGGUGCCGUCGGGGCAGCACAACCCGAUGGGCCCGGGCCAGCAGGUGGGCGCGUCGCUGCUCCGGACUAGCUCCAGCCUCCUUGGCGGCGGCGCCGGCGCCGGCGCCGGUGGCCAGCCGGGGAUGGGGAUGGGCGUCGGGGUGCUCCCGUCGCAGUCGCCCUUCUCGUCCCUCGUCUCGCCGCGCACGCAGUAUGGCGGUGUUGGCGGCGGGAACGGCUUGCUGGCGGGCGCGUCCAGUGUCGCGUCCAUGCUCAGCAGACAGCAGUCCUAUGGGAAUGGGGGAACUGGGGUAAUGCCGGGCAGCGGCGCUGGGCUCCCGAUCGGUGGGCUGCAGCACAGAGGCGGCCUUGAUGGCGUUGGUGACUUGGUUGGCACUGGAGGGCCGGAUUCCAUGGCGUUCUCUUCCUCGGGCCCUGGUAGCUUGGGCAAUCAACUUGGCGUGGACAGCUUGCAGCAGCAGCAGCAGCUGGAUGCACCACAAGAUUCACAAAAUCAGCAAGAGCAUCAACAGCAAAUGUCAAUGACAUAUAAUCAGCAGCAUAUGAUGUCACAAACUCAGCAGCAGCAGCAGCCUGCAGUGAAGUUGGAGAAUGGAGGCGUCCUUGGUGGGGUCAAACUGGAGCAGCAGAUGGGGCAGCCUGAUCAGAGUGUUUCCGCACAGAUGCUGCGCAGUUCGAGUGGUGGUGUGAAGCUCGAGCCACAGUUGCAAGCGUUGAGGAGCUUGGGUGCUAUCAAGAUGGAGCACCAAAGCUCAGACCCAUCUGUUUUACUACAGCAGCAGCAACAUAUGUUGCAGCUGUCUAAGCAGAACCCCCAGGCUGCAGCUACUCAGUUGAGCCUCCUACAACAACAGCAGCGUUUCUUACAACUGCAGCAGCAGCAACAACAGCAGCAGAUUCUCAAGAACCUGCCUUUGCAGAGAAACCAAUUGCAGCAGCAGCAACAACAGCAACAACAACAACAGCAACAGCAGUUGCUUCGUCAACAAAGUCUAAAUAUGAGAACCGGUAAAUCAGCUGCUUAUGAACCAGGAACCUGUGCAAAGAGGUUGACACAUUACAUGUAUCACCAGCAAAACAGGCCACAGGACAAUAACAUCGAGUACUGGAGAAACUUUGUCAAUGAAUACUUUGCCCCAAGUGCCAAGAAGAGGUGGUGCGUUUCUCUGUAUGGCAAUGGCCGUCAAACUACCGGAGUUUUCCCUCAGGAUGUUUGGCAUUGUGAGAUAUGCAAUAGGAAGCCAGGGCGAGGUUUUGAAACAACGGUUGAGGUCUUGCCACGGUUGUGCCAAAUCAAAUAUGCCAGUGGUACACUCGAGGAGCUUCUGUAUGUUGAUAUGCCGAGAGAGUCCCAGAAUUCAUCUGGACAGAUUGUUUUGGACUAUACCAAAGCAAUCCAGGAGAGUGUCUUUGAGCAACUGCGUGUAGUCCGUGAGGGGCAUCUAAGAAUUGUAUUCAACCAAGACUUGAAGAUUGCAUCGUGGGAGUUCUGUGCCCGGCGUCACGAGGAACUUAUUCCUCGGAGAUCAAUCAUACCACAGGUCAGUCAACUUGGUGCUGUAGUGCAGAAGUACCAGUCUUCUGUUCAAAGUUCAGCAUCACUAUCAAGUCAGGACUUGCAAAACAAUUGUAACUCGUUUGUCGCAUGUGCUCGCCAGUUGGCUAAGGCACUGGAAGUGCCAUUGGUAAAUGAUUUAGGAUACACAAAAAGAUAUGUUCGCUGCCUCCAGAUUGCAGAGGUGGUUAAUUGUAUGAAAGAUUUGAUCGAUCAUAGCAGGCAGACUGGGUCUGGUCCAAUAGAGAGCUUACAUAAAUUCCCUAGGAGAGGGAAUUCUGGGGUUAGUUCUGUUCAAGCCCAGCAGCAAUCUGAGGAGCAGAAGCCUGUUCCACAGAAUUCUAACCAGAGUGGUCAAAAUUCUGCUCCCGCAACUGGAAUGCAAGUCUCUGCCUCUGGAAAUGGCGAUGCUACAUCAAACAAUUCACUCAAUUUUGCACCAUCUACUUCGGCACCAUCUUCAUCUGUUGUUGGUCUCCUUCAAGGCUCAGUAAAUUGCAGACAAGACCAUCCAACAAGCAGCGGCAAUGGUCUGUAUAAUGGUGGAAACAGUGGUCCGGUUGCUAAGGCCAACUCAACAAACUCCAUGCAAUCAAAUGCACCAGCAUCGUUUCCUUUGCCAGCACCCUCGGCAUCAAAUGGCAAUAUGAUGCCUGCUCCUCAGCACUCAAGCCAAAUGAAUUCACCAACCAUGUCAUCAAACCUACCUCCUAUGCAAACACCUGCAAGCCGACCUCAGGAACCCGAGCCAAUUGAGUCUCAAAGCUCGGUCCAGAGGAUAUUGCAAGACUUGAUGAUGCAAUCCCAUAUUAAUGGUGUUGGCCCAGUUGGCAGCGAUAUGAGGAGAGCAAACACAAUUACUCCUGGUAUGAACGGUGUCAACUCCUUAGUUGGUAACCCCAUGACAAAUAACCCUGGAAUCAAUGGGAUGGGAUUUGCGGCCAUGGGUGGCCUUGGUCAACAAAUGAGAACGGCGAUGGGGAACAACGCAUUGGCAAUGAAUGGAAGGACCGUGAUGAAUCACAGUGCGCAUGACCUGACACAGUUGGCCCACCAGCAGCAACAGCGCGAUUUAGGAAACCAAUUGCUUGGGGGCCUUAGAGCUGCAAACAGCUUCAAUAACCUUCAAUACGACUGGAAGCCUGCUCAGUAGAGUGAGCAGGAGUCAGAAAGCUCGCACCUAAUAUUAUACAGUUAUCCUUGCUGGGUCGGUCCAUCACUGACAACACAAAAGUUACGCCUCACCACAACCUGCCCUCCCUCAGAAGCGGAGUGUUCUUACUGAUGGUGCAUGCUACAUGUUACAGCGAAUAUGAAACAUGAGCGCUGAUCGGUACAUGUUACAUCAACUGUCUGUAUGGCUGUCUCCCAUUGUGUUCUGCAAAAGUGAGGCCCCGUGAAUCAGAGCCUACUUUCACAUGGGACUCAUUGUGGGUGCAAGUGUUGGCGGAUUCCAAACUGGGGCAAGAUCAGGGCGUCUUUCUUUCCCCUGUUUUUCCAGGUUGGAUGACAACGAUUUCUCUCUUGCAGUCUGUACUCUUGUGUACCAUGGCUCUCCGUAAGUUGUGAAAGCAUGAGCACCUAUUUCCACCUUUGAUGGCCAAGAAUCUCAUUGUAGCUUUGCUGUACCAUGUAUAAGCUGUUAUUAACUAGUGGAAAGCAGCAGGAAAAAAAUUCUGAAGGGAGUGUGAAUCUUGGUGUGUCAUCUGUGUACCUGUGUUUCUGAUAAAUGCUCUCGUUUAAGCAGGUUGAUCUUUC